AACUGUUAAAUUGUAAUAGUUGUUAAUAUUUCUAUAAUUAUUUGCUAUCUCAAAGGGAAAUUAUCUUUAAUAUCAGUUAAUUACUUUAUCGUCAGUGUGUCAGAGAGUCGCGUGUCAUUCGCUCGUGUCAAUAUGUUUAGAACAAUUUUGUUAAUAUCAUGCGCCAGUACAUUUCAAGUUGAAGGCUGGUCGGAUCUCAAGGUUCGAAGAUUCCCCGAUGGCUUUUUGUUUGGCGCGGGGACGUCGGCUUAUCAGGUCGAAGGGGCGUGGAAUGAAGAUGGAAAAGGGGAAAGCAUCUGGGACAAAUACCUCCACGAUAACCCAGACAUUAUAUCCGAUGGCAGAAAUGGUGAUGUAGCAUCCAACUCCUACCACCAGUACAAGAGAGAUGUGGAAAUGUUGAGGGAAUUGGGUGUGGACUAUUACAGGUUCUCAAUAUCGUGGACCAGAGUAUUACCAAGAGGAUUCUCGAAUGAAAUAAAUGAAAAAGGUCUCGAAUACUACGAUAAAUUGAUAGAUGAAUUAUUGAAAUACAACAUAAAGCCAAUGAUAACUUUAUACCACUUUGAUUUGCCACAAACUCUCCAAGACUUUGGAGGUUGGGCCAAUCCGCUGUCAACAAAAUGGUUUGAAGAUUAUGCCGCUGUGAUCUUUAAGGCAUUCGCUCACAAGGUUCCUUAUUGGAUAACCGUCAAUCAGCCAAAUUCCAUAUGCGUGGAAGGUUAUGGUCAAGGUUUGAUGGCACCAGCUAUCAGCUCGAGUGGAAUCGGUGAUUACAUGUGUAUAAAGAAUGUGCUGGUGGCACAUGCGAGGGCCUACAGGUUAUAUGAGAGGGAAUAUAAAAAGAAAUUUAAGGGAUCAGUUGGCAUAGCGCUUGCAUUAAACUGGGCAGACCCCGUCAAUAACAGCACAAAAAAUGUCGAAGCUACGGACGUUUACAGAGAAUUUAUGAUCGGCCUCUACAUGCAUCCCAUAUGGUCGAAAGAUGGUGGGUUCCCUAAAAUGGUCAAAGAAAGAGUCUAUCAGAACAGCAUAAAGCAAGGAUUCAAGAAAUCUAGACUGCCUGCCCUUAGCAAGGAAGAAGUUACUCUUUUGAAAGGGUCCUCAGACUUCGUGGGAGUGAAUCAUUAUACAACUGUCCUAGUGAAGAGCACGGACAGGUGGAUGUCAGCGCCAUCUUUCGAUGACGACGUUCACGUGGAGCUCACCUACAGGGCGGAGUGGAAGAACGCCACAUCUAGCUGGCUGAAGAGCGUGCCCUACGGUAUAUACAGGGUGUGCGUAUAUCUCAAUACAAAGUACGACUACCCUCAAAUGUUUGUGACGGAGCACGGCUGGUCCACGAGGCCAGGGUUGAAGGAUGACACGAGGGUUGAGAACCUGAGGCUGUACCUGAAGGCUAUACUGUUUGCUAUAGAAGAUGGCACGGACUUGAAAGGUUACACCACAUGGAGCCUAAUGGAUAAUGUGGAGUGGGUCGCUGGAACCAGUGAAAGAUUCGGUCUUUAUGAAGUAGACUUCGAAUCAGAGGAUAAAAAUAGAACAGCGAGAUUGUCAGCUCUGGUUUAUAAACGAAUCAUAGACAAGAGGAUCGUUGAAGACGAUUAUAAACCGAACAAUUUAAAAAUGUCGAUAACUAACAGAAAUGUUAAGACGGAACUUUGAAUAUACCUUUGUUGUUAUAAA